UGCGCCGAGCGGGGCUGGCGGUCCCGGCCCGGGGGAUUUGGCCGCAGACCUUGCGGGUUCUGCUGUUUGGACUUGCGCGCGGCUGUCGCGAUGUUUUACUCCCAGGCCGGCGCCCGGCCACGAACGUGGGAAGCCAGUCCCUCAGAGCACAAGAAGUGGGUGGAAGUAUUUAAAGCAUGCGAUGAAGAUAACAAAGGCUAUCUAAGCAGAGAGGACUUUAAAGUUGCUGUUGUAAUGCUGUUUGGUUACAAGCCAUCCAAGAUAGAAGCUGAUUCUGUGAUGUCGUCAGUAGAUCCAAACACUUCUGGGAUACAACUUAAGGAGUUUUUAGACAUCGUAAGGAAAAAGAAGGAAGCUCAACUGUAUUGCAAUGAAGUAAGACACAUCUUCACAGCUUUUGACAGGCACUAUCGUGGAUAUUUAACUCUGGAAGAUUUCAAGAAAGCAUUUAAGCGGGUGGCUCCCAAGUUAUCAGAAAGGAUUAUUCUCGAGGUAUUCAGGAGCAGGUUCCGAUGGUGCAGAAAGCAUCCUGAAGACGUCACCCUGAUUUAGAGGCUGCACCAGAAUGUAAAUCAACAGAUCAUCUCUCUCAUGAGAAAGUCCUGCCAUGAAAAGAAAUGUUGGUGAAAAUAAACCAUGGCUGAGUGCUGUCCUAAAAGAUCACGAUUAGGUAAAGGCUGCUGGGUUAAACUCCGAAUUAUGUGUGUUACUUGAUCCUGUGGAAGCAGACCAUGAACAGCUGUCGCUACAUGCUGAGGUAUAGGAUGAUCAAGAGGACAAUUGUUUGAGAGUGUUCGAUUUACAGAAGAACUCUGUACAUUUCUGUAAAAUCAGAAGACAGCUUGUUCCUAGCCUGUUGAAGAUAUGAACUGGACAAGCAGGACUGCUUAUAUAUCUAAUACCUUCAGUGUUUUUAACGAUCUUGGUACUUCCAUGCAAAGAAGAAACAUGUCUAUCAAUGGCUGAUAAGAUCAAAGGGCAAAAAACGAAAGCUAGGAGCUUUCUAUAGAUCAUUAUGACACACGUUCCAUAAUUUAGCAACGAUCAAUGCAAGUGAUGAUCUCAGUACUGCACAUCUGUGAAAGGCUAUCACAAAACACCUUAGAUUUGAUCAGGCAUUUUGAAUUUUAUUUUCCAUCAAAAGAAGAUCUAUGCCCAGAAAAUCCAUGGAUCCAGAAUCCAUUUCUUUCAUCAAAAGAUAACUUAAAUUUAACCAUAACUUACAAGAUAUACUGCUAGAACUGGCUUCUGUUGAAGGAUUUAAAGAACUCUGAAAACGUAGUAGCACUUUCUCCAUUUUAGAUAAAACUUUAAAAUGAACAAACUGA